AUGACCAGCGAAGCCAUGGACACCCUGGGGCAGUACAAGAUCACGGUGUGGGAGGAGGAGAGCUUCCAGGGCAAGCGCUGCGAGUUCCUCAUGGAGUGCCCCAGCAUCAUGGAGCGCGGCUUCCGCAAGAUCCGCUCCAUCAAGGUGGAGUCGGGCCCCUGGGUGGGCUUCGAGUACCCCGAGUACCAGGGCCAGCAGUUCAUCCUGGAGAAGGGCGACUACCCCCGGUGGGAGGCCUGGAGCGGGAACAGCGGCUACCGCACCGAGCACCUCCUCUCCUUCCGGCCCGUCAAGUGCGCCAACCACAACGACAGCAAAGCCACCCUGUACGAGGCGGAGAACUUCCAGGGGCACAAGUUCGAGCUGAGCGACGACUACCCCUCGCUGCAGGCCAUGGGCUGGGGCAACAAGGAGGUGGCAUCCAUCAAAGUGAACGCUGGAGCGUGGGUGGCAUACCAGUACCCAGGCUACCGGGGCUACCAGUACGUGCUGGAGCGGGACAGGCAGAACGGCGAGUACAAGAAGUACAGCGAAUACAGCAGCCAGGCCCACACCAACCAGAUCCAGUCCAUCCGCCGCAUCCAGCACUGAGCAGGGGCAGGGCGCGCGCCCCCGCAGCCCCCGGGCUGCCGUGCCAUAGACCUGUACCUG